UGUGAUGGUGGGCAAGUUAUUUAAAGCUGUUUCAUCUAUAAAGUGGGGAUAAUAAUAAAAUUUCCUUUACAAGAUUGUUGUGGAGACUGAAUGAGAUUAUAUGUAAAUUUAUUUUGUACACCUUAAAGUACUAGAUAAAUGCUAGCUAUUGUUAUUAACCAGUUGGUGCAAAUGAGAUGGAAGAGUCAUGAUGUGGCUGAUGUAGCACCAGAUAAUGUGCACCAAAUGGUGGGGUUCCGUCAUGUGAAGAAUUCACAAUGGCCAUUCUCUUUGACAAGAAGAGGUUACAAGACAAAAUGAAGAGAUAUAAUAGACACCAGGAAUGGUAAAUAUGAAAUAGAGUGGAAGAGCACAUAGCAAAGAAAGGGAUUUUAACAAUUAAUGAUUGAAAGAAGUUCCCUAGUGGAACCCAUAAUUAGUCAGGAGAAAGGAAAUAAAUACUCCAUGAAGUUGGGACAUGCUCUUAGUUGGCAGAUUAAAUCCUAAAAAGAAUUUAGCACCUAAAAGAGUUAGUUAUAAGAAGGAGAAAGGGAUGAUGGGAAUUGAGAGCAGAGGAUAGUGGGGGGAUAAGGAAAGAUACCAUGAAGUAUAGUAGGGGGAUCCGAGGAGAAACAGCACAUGGCAUGGGGGAGGGACAAAGGGAAAGAAACCAUGAGGCAGAUUUUCUGACCCAAAGGAGGGCAGCCAUGAUGACAUGAGUCAAAAGCAGAUUUAUAGGGGAAAGGUUUUUUUUUUUUUUUUUUUAAUAAUAAUCUUUUAUUUUCCAAGAUACAUGCAAAGAUAGCUCUCAACAUCCACUCUUGCAAAACCCUGGGUUUAUAUUUUUCUCUUUUCCUACAAAUCCAGUAUAGGUUAAACAUGUGCAAUUCUUCCAAACAUAUAUCCACACCUAUCAGGUAGUGGAAAUUUAACCUCAGAGACAUGACCGGCAUUUCUCACAGGAAAUAGCUGGGCUGUCCACGAACACCCCAGAGUGAGCUUCGGGGAUCUGAUAUACCUUGGGUUUCUGACUAGCCCACCUCCAGAGGUGACAGCUACUGAGAACCUCAUUACUUCAUGCGCCACUCAUUUUUCUCCUCAUCCCUUUCACUCUUUCCUUCUCUUUCCCCUUUCUUCACCUUCCAUCCGCUCAUUCUCCAAGCAUUUGCUACCGCACUACCCCUACAAAGACAAGAAUCCAACAGGGCUAGCCUUCAAACCGAAGGCAUUUACCGGGCCCAGCCUUGAUCUCUAAAUCUCAAUUUCUAAUCUAUAAAAUGAAGGGGUUAUAUUAAAAUGGCCUCUAAAGUCCCUUCCAACUCUUAUCUAGGAUCUUUCCUGGUUUUCCUUCUUCCCAAACUCUCCCGUUCUCAAAAUCCCAGCUCUAACCCCACAACGCACUUGGGAUGCAGAGUGCUACUGAGAUGGGGAGACUUCCGCAGCGUCCUAGAGAGGCGGGGGAGAGUGCCCUAUAGGGAGGGAGCGCCGCACGCACGCACGCCUCGCCUGCUCUCGGCCACGGCGCCUGGGCCUUACUUCCGGCGGCAGGCAGCGCCGCGGUCCUCUUCUGGCUCGGAUGCAUGCUAAAAUGAAGAAAUGGCAGCUCUUCAAGCAACAGAGUCCCCUCCUGGUUCGGCUUCUCUCAGCUGUUCAUCAUUUGAGACACAACAUGUUAACAGAAUGGUGUUCCACGAUUUCCAUGAAUCACAAUCCACUCCAUAUGCUCCCAAGGUUCCCACACUUCUCCUCAAGGAAAAUUCAGGAGACCAGGUGAUGGCAGCAGCACCCUUGACAACCAGGUCUCAGAUGCCCUUCCCCAUCUUUCUGUUGCUGCCAACUUUGCCCAUCAUCCUGGGGCAGCCUGGUGGAAUUAUCCCCAGGGUAGCAGGACCCUGUUGUUUUAGGAGUCGGUGAUGUUUGAGGAUAUGGCCAUAUAUCUCACACCAGAGGAGUGGGGGCAGCCCGACCCCACUGAGGGAGCCCUCUACAGGGAUAUGAUGCUGGAGAGCUGCGGAAAUGACAUCUUGUUGGGUGAUGGAUCUGAGACUGAAAACAUGGAGUCUCUUUCAAAUUUGGAAGCUUCUGAAGAUGUUGAAUCACAAGAGAAGUUAUCAUCUGAAUUCCCAAUAGCUCUUCCCCAAGGACCUGAUUUUGAAGAAGCUCUUAACAGUGAAUUCUAUACAUAUGAUAAGUGUAGGACUGCCUUCCAGUGGGGCUCACACCUUACUCAAAAUGAACAAAUUCAAAGGGAAGAAAAACCUUAUGAAUGUAAUGAUUGUGGAAAAGCUUUCAUGAGGAGCUCAGACCUUAUUCGUCAUCAGAGAACACAUAGUGAAGAAAAACCAUAUGAAUGCAGUGAAUGUGGCAAAGCCUUUAGACAGAGUUCAGGUCUUAGUCAACAUCAGAGAAUUCAUAGUGAAGAGAAACCAUAUGAGUGCAACAUUUGUGGGAAAGCCUUCAGGCAGAGUUCAGGCCUUAGUCAGCACCAGAGAAUUCAUGGUGGGAUAAAACCCUAUGAAUGUACUGAAUGUGGAAAAGCCUUUAGGUGCAACUCAGACCUUUCUAAACACCAGGAAAUUCAUAGUGGAUUAAAACCCUGUGAAUGUAAAGAAUGUGGGAAAGCCUUUAGGAGUACCUCUGACCUCAUUAAACAUCAGAGAAUUCAUAGUGGAGAAAAACCUUAUGAGUGUAAUGAAUGUGGGAAAGCCUUCAUGAGGAACUCCAGCCUUAUAAAGCAUCAGGGAAUCCAUACUGGAGUGAAACCCUAUGAAUGCAGUGAAUGUGGGAAAGCCUUCAGUCAGACUGCAGUCCUUAUUCAACAUCAGAGAAUUCAUAGUGGUGAGAAACCAUAUGAAUGCAGUGAAUGUGGGAGAGCCUUCACCAGGAAAUCAGACCUUAUUGUGCAUCAGAGAAUUCAUACUGGAGAGAAACCCUAUAAAUGUAAUGUAUGUGGAAAAGCCUUCAGCCGAACCUCAGUCCUUAUUGAACAUCAAAGAAUUCAUACAGGAGAGAAACCUUUUGAAUGUAAUGAAUGUAGAAAAGCUUUCAAGAGGAGAUCAGACCUUAUUCAACAUCAAAGAAUUCAUAGGGGAGAAAAGUUUUAUUCAUGUGAUCAGUGUGGAAAAACCUUUACUCAGAGCUCAGGUCUUAUUCAUCAUCAGAGAAUUCAUAAUGGAGAGAAUGUUUAUUAAGGUAAUGAAUAUGGGAAAGAUUUUAGCUGGAGCUCAGUCCUUAUUGAGCAUCAGAUAAAAACCCUAUGAAUGUUAUAAAUGUGAGCAAGCUUUUAGCAAAUUUGUGAUUUUGUUUUAUCCUGAUAUAUCACAAUGGAAUUAGCCGUCAGAGAUUUAUGAAUUUCUGGAAGUAGGAAUCACGUCUUUGUAACUCAUUUUAGAUAGCAUCAAGUCUAGUGCUACUUGCAGAUUGACUUUUAAUAAAGAUCUUUUAUAUUAGUGAUUGAUCUAGGUAACAAA